AGUUUUUGUUUCCUCACCUGUCAGUUCGGAGCAGCCACUUGCGAAUUUCUAGCCAGCCUCGUCUCUUUGUGUUUUCCCUCUCUCGUACAGGGUCUCUCUUUUUCAGCAUAAAUGGUACCUCUAUGUGGCCAGCUGACAUUUAAUUGAGGACAGCUUCUAACACGGUCUUCCCGUCUAAGGACUAGGCCUCUGUCAAGACAUGGAGCCCUUGGCAGUAGACGAUGACAUUUGCAUCCUUAAGCAUGAGACGGCCUACACGCCCGCUGGAGAGAGCCCAGUGUCGGUGUGUGCCGGCGAUGAGUCCGUUGCCUCUCACUUCGCCUUGGUCACUGCCUACGAGGACAUAAAGAAGAGGCUCAGAGACACGGAGCGGGAUAACACUUUGCUGAAGAAGAGGGUGAAGCAGUUAGAGGAAAAGCUCUUCAGGCCGGAGGCUCCUCCAUCAGAGGGUCCCCAUUAUGUGAACAAGGCCUUCAGCGCUUACAGAGGAAUCUACAUCGAGAAGGAGGACCUGCAGAUGGAGCUUAAUAAACUGAAAAAGCAGAAGAGCGAGAGUGAGAGGUUGCUGACUGAGCAACUCCAAGCCAAAGAGUUUGAGCUACUUCAGCUGAGGACCGAGAUGGAGACCACCCAAGUGAUGAGGAGCCUAAAUUGCCCUCAGGACUGCUGGCAGAUGGAGAGAGUCGACACAGAGCUGCAGAUCCGCAAACUGCAGGAAGACCUUGAGAGGAUUAUGCUGGAGAACAGCCGGCUGCUGGAGAGAAGCACGGAGGAGUCACAAGGCCUUAAUGGACCAGACUUGAACCAGACAUGUGAUGGAAAGCAUAGUUCGAGGGAGAGGAACGUCCAGCAAACGUACGCAGCUUUGUGCUGCGAAGUCACCCGUCUCCAAUCAGAGAUGAGGCUCCAGUCGAGCCUGAUUAGGAAGCUCAGGCCACUGAUCGGCGAGACGAGACCAGCUGCUUCUACCAUCCCUGUCCAGUGUCUGGACGACGUGGAAAAGAACAACAACAACAACCUCCCAGUCAUUCGAGCCCCAGGGCCCCGCCCUCCUAGCGCCCCACCGGUCCCCUCAUGCUCCGGCCGUCCUUGUCCUGCCGGCCCCCCUCUGCCAGACAGCCUGAGGGAGGACUGCUGGUACAACGGGCCCUGGCCCUCCCAGAGCUGUCUGGUGGAGGCGCUGGUCGGCAGCGAGGCCUGCGCCGUGGUGCUGCCGCCGCCCCCCCUGAAUCAGGCCUCCCUGGACGACAGCUCGCGCUCCUUCCCCAGCCCCCCCAAGCCCACCGACGCCAUGUUCUGGGAGGGACACUCCAAUGGAUCCAAUUCGUCAUCGUCACUGGGAAACUUCACUCCAAUGAGCCCCCCCAGUGCUGAGUGGGCCAAGCCGUAUUGAUUAGACCGAUGAGUAAUAACAGGGCGGAAACAACAAAGGAACCUUCGAAGUCUCCAGCUCGGCCACACAGCUACCACCUAACCUGCCUUAAGCUAAUUUAGCCACUUGUUGGUGGUGAACUGGUUUGGACCUGCUUCUUGUGGGAACCGAAUAAGGCCAAUAAGGAGGUCCUUUUUAAGGUAAAAACUGUCAUCUCCACACGCCGCAUCGGUGAACUUAUCCAACUUUACAGAGAAACAUCCGACCCUUAAAAGAAUCCAACUCAUAUCUCCAUUUGUAUGUGUCCUUGUACGCACAUGCAUCAGUGUGUGCAAGCAUGCAUAUAGGCAGUUUAAUUUGAGUGUUUGUGGGUGUAAAUGCACAUAAAACAGCGUGCCUGUGAAUGCAGAAACGGUGUGUGUGCGUGUGUGUGUGUGUGUGAGCCUCUUCCACCUGCCUUUUUCAUCGUAAUAAACCUGAUAGGGCUCAGAGGGGCCUCAUUUCUCCACACAUCAUGGUCCCGGAUCACUAGAGCCACAACACUGUAGUGGAGUUUGUAUAAUUGUACCUCCGCAAUGCAAUUUCUUUUUUUUCUUUUUUUUUAUACAUUGGAUCAAUGUAAAUUGUACAAGGUAUGUAGCCCCUGUUCGUCUCAUCGUGUUAUGGAGAUGUGUAGGAAUGAAGGCUUUUGUACAGUGAUGAAGACGGACAUAUAGGAGCAAAUGUAGAUUUUUUUUUCGUUCCAAAUUUCAGCAGCUACCAAAUUAAAACUGACCUAUUUGCAUCCAAAAAUUACUUUUCAUUUAAGGCCUUAACGUCGUAUUUUGAAUUUCUGCUUGUGUGCACUGAUCUCUCUGGAGAUUUUGCGUAUCAAGAGAUUUUAAGUAUCAUGUUUCAUCAACCUGCCUCCUUAAAUUCGCCUGUGAUUAUUUUAUUGAAAGAGAACUUGAUGGGGUGGAGUUCUUGGUUGUACCUCGAAUGUGCAUCUCUGUUUGGUUGGCCGCUAAAGACCCAUACACUCCUCUUCAAUUUUAAAGGGCAAAUAUCAUUUUUACAACUUUUCAAUUGUGUUCAAGUUUGUAGAUCAUAAUAUGAACAGUAGUUCUAAGCUCAAGGCGUCCAAGAAGGGGACCAAAAGUUGCCAGAGAGUGAAUGCUGUACAUUUAAUUUCAGUACAAAAGUAGUUAUAGUGAAGGCUGCAGCUUGGUUUUAACUUCAUGAAGUGAUUCGUGUGUUUAUCUAAGUGAGUGAGGAGGAAGUCAAGACAAACGUCCUCUGAAAGCACUAGCUUGAAGACCUAUCCAACACUGUUGCAUUCUUGAUCCAGGUGGAAAGUAGCGGAGAACUUUUAUUUGAGAUACUUAAGUACAUUUUUGUCCACCAUUGCUUGUAAUCCACCACAGUGGCAGAUGACCUCUGAUUAAACUGUAACUUGAAACACUAAAAUUCUGGGAGCAUUAAGAUUAAUUUGAUGGCUAGUUGUGAGAUAAUUGUUUCCAUCAACCUUGUAAGUCUUGUUUUGCAAAGGAAGCGCCAUUAUGUCACAAUAGCCUGCUUUAUUGUAGCGAGGUCUGUCUGUGCAGUUCUCAUUUUUCUCCACAUAAUCAGUCAGCUUUACUGUUGAGAGUUUUACCUCACUACAUGUAUGAGCCAAUUGUGUGAGGAUACAGUUUGCAGCUAAGGCUAAUUAUCACGGCUAAACAUGCUAGGGGAUAUCUCUGGACAAUAUCUCUGGUUAUUGAUUUCAAAUGAUUUGCCAACAUUAACAGAUUAUAAUAUGUAAUCUUACACAAAGUGUAAGAUUUUCUAUUCAGGAAAGCAUUUCCCAAAUCCUGUAAACUUUAUGCUCACAAAUAACAGCUGUGGUCACUGUGGUGGUUUGUCUGCUUACUCUCUUCUGUCAGGUUUUUUUGUUGUUGUUGUUCCUAGCUCUAUUUCCAAUACGCCAAUAUUUUCCAAAUCCUGGGUACACAGAGAGACUUCUUGAUGUUUACUCCCACUUAGCUCAUUCAUCGAUGCAUAGAUGAACUUUGUAGAGUGCUCUCUCAAUUUUUUUCUGUGUUGCCAAUAAGUGGUUGCUUAACUUUUCCACAUAUUUCUUCUUGAAAGGUAUUUUUGUAACAAGAAAUCACUCUGGUUUUCUUUACUCAACAGCAACCCUUCAUACAAUGUUCAUCAUCCGCGUGUGGCUCUCAAUUCCUGCUUAAAAGAAAGGCGGGACUAGUCUUUUCUUUUUGUUUUGUUUUCAAAGAUGCUUUUAAAACAAUCUGCUUUGAAAAAGCUGUUUAUUGUAUUUUUCCACUUUCAGUUUUUAAUUUUAUGACUCUUAAAUAUGAUAUUUGCCCUUUAACAUCUGAGACAAGCUUUGUGAAUAUUAUGAAAGUGUAUCUAAUCUUUGCACUGUGCUCUUGUUAAUGUUGCUGUUAAAUUAAGAGAAGUGUGGAGGCGAUUUCUAUGAGGCAAGUCUAAAACAGGUGUACAAAUGCAGACGUGGGAGAGCACAAGAAACAGAAUGUGCAUAUCUGUAUAAA